AUGACAGGCACGUCGUCCAAGGAGCUCCCUGAUCUGAGCAAGGUGGCGGGCGUGGUUCUGCAGAGCAAGAAGCGGUUUCUAUCCACGGACGGCAUUCCUACUCCACAGCUCGUCAUCGCAGCCUUGAAAACGUGCCAAGGCGCCGCGAAUGCGAUUCAACCAUAUCUAUCCAAGUCGGAGAUACGUUCGGCCUCGGCCCUCGCCGCAUCGACCGCCUCGAGCCUCCUAUCCCUGGACUCCAACUCGAUCGCUUCUAAUUCUAGCAGCACGUCGAUCCCGUCGAUUUCUGUCAAGGAUACAGUCGAUACAAUCUCCGAGUCAGCAUACGAAAUCAUUGCCCACCCCACCGUUUCCAUUGGUCCCCAGGUCUUGGACUUAUACGUAAACAUCCAAGCUAGGCUUGGCAGGCCCGAGACACUUCCCCAUGUUUUCGAACUGUAUGCGUCAAAGCCCAAACCAAAGGCGGUUGAGGGUUCAAUCUCGUAUGUUGAGCAGAACCCAAACCGAGCAGACAAGGCCAUCGAGGCAGGCGUGGCCGAAACAGCUCUGGGGGCCGCCAUCGACGCCAAGAACCUGGACGCUGCCAUUGGCAUCGUUGAGGCCUGCUACGCAACACAAGCAUUCUACCGCCAAAAGCUUCUGCGGAAGGCGCUUCUGCCCGCCUCAGCCGUGAGUGCGGCCCCCUUUGGCGUCUACGCUCUUGCCUCCAAUCUCUCGGCAUUCCAGAACACAAUGGAGCCCGUGACCGCUACCAAGUUCGCCUUCGCGGCGAUCCUGGCCUACCUGGGGUUCACGGCAACCAUUGGGAUGGUUGCCAAAACCACUGCCAACGAUCACAUGCGACGGGUCACUUGGGCGCCUGGCAUCCCAUUGCACCAACGUUGGCUCCGCGAGGAAGAGCGCGCCGGCAUGGACGAUAUCGCCUGCGCGUGGGGUUACAGAGAGAAAUGGAGACAUGGCGAGGAGGGCGGCAUCGAAUGGGAGUCUCUCAAGGAGUAUCUCGGUCUGAAGGGGAUGAUGCUCGACAGAGUUGAGCUGAUGGAGGGAAUGAGUUGA